AUGGCCGGGGAGGCAAUGCGAUCGCGAGCCAUCGCACAGACAAAAGACGAGCGGCAGCGCAAACCAGCAAAUAAUCUCAUCACAACAUUCGACCGUGUCGCACAACGACAGCCCAAUGAUAUAGCGGUGCUGUCCUUUCACCAAAAAGACCAUCUUGGGGUCGGUAACCUGAGCUGGACGUAUGCCCAGCUUCGCGAUGGCAGUGUCCGCUUGGCCCAUCGGCUUUCAUCUGCAGGAUUGCGAAAAGGAAGUCGCAUCGCUACAUUCCUAUACAAUGAGAUCGAAUGGGCCCUCCUUUUCCUCGCCAGUGCGCGUGUAGGAUGUCAUUUCGUUCCAUUGGAUCCUCGCGCGCUCAACACUCCGUCCGACGCGAUAUACCUUUUGCGAAAGGUUUGGGCGGAGGCAAUUUUCGUCUCUCAUCUGGAAUUUGCUGAAUGCGUUGAAAAUAUCCUCGACACUGAACUGAUGCCCCAGGUGCGAUUGAAAAGCAUUGUCGCGCCCGUCGCAGUGGGACGUGAGACUGAGGAUUUGCCACGCGGAUGGAGAACUUUGUCCGCAAUGAUGGCCGAUCCAGAUCCAGCUGGAAUUGUGCUGCCUCAGCUGAAGCGCGAUGAUAUAAUUCUUAUGUUGGGGACCAGUGGCACCACGUCUCGCCCUAAGAUCUGCCCUCAUUCAUCCGUCACCAUCGUGACUCCAGCACUCGGGCUUGUGGAUCACUGGUCGCUGACCCGCGACGACUCGAUCUGUCAGCACCUGCCGUCUUUUCAUGUUUUCAACAUUGCGAUGAACCUUGCCUUCUGGGUAGCCGGAGGAACAGUUGUGAUCCCAAGCCCUGAAUUCAAUCCGGCAGCGACAUUUGAGGGCCUUGCGACUGGCUCACGGGUGUGGAUCGCGGCCGUGGCCACGAUGAUACAUGCCAUGCACACAUACUCAGUGGCUUUAGAAGAGGAUCUCGCAUCUCCGUUUGGGAUAUGCCUCGGAGGAGGACCGAUUACCCCACAGGUCCUGCGGGAAUGCAGUGCGCUCGGCGCAAAGAAGAUUGUCGCAGGAUACGGGACAACGGAAGGCGUUGCAACGUUAUACAAUGUAAUGGAUGUGACCGAUCCACGAAUCACGAAUGUGCAAGAUGGUGAUGAGAUAUGCCUGGGACCAGCCGUCGCGGGAUCGCAUCUCCGCAUCUGUGCCCCUGGCAGCAGGACGCCUUUGCAGCGGAAUGAAAUUGGUGAGCUUCACCAGGGAGGAUAUCCGGUUAUUGAAGGAUACUAUCAAGGCAGUGAGGAGGACAACGCAACAUGUUAUAAGGAAGGCACCGUGCCUUGGCAAGCGACGGGGGAUCAGGGAUAUAUGGACGAUGAUGGUUGUAUAUAUCUGCUCGGGAGAUACAAGGACCUGAUCAUUCGAGCUGGGGAGAACAUCUCCCCGCUUAAGAUCGAGCAGUGCUUGGCUGGGCAGCCGGGGGUUGCCACUGCUGUUGUGGUUGGAGCGCCUGAUGACAUUGUGAGCGAGGUGCCUGUUGCCGUCAUUGAGACGUACGAUCGCAAAGACCGGUCCUUCUUCCAGGGCCUGCAGUCGGCCGUGGUACGCGCAAUGGGCCGAUCAUUUGCACCCAAGCUAGUCCUUCAUCUUCAAGAUGACCUCAACCGCGAGAAAUAUCCCACCACGACAUCGGGCAAGAUCAAGAAAAACGUUGUGAAAGAGUGGGUGGCCGCCUACCUGGCAGGCUCCAGCACCGCGUCAUCGCGAGCGCAGACUCCAAACAUCACCGAGACUAGCACUGCUCCCAGUACUCCUCCGACCAUCGCUGCAACACCAAAGGAUGAAAAUAAUGAUAUCCACAAAGAACUCACAGCAUUGUGGUCAUCGGUCUCGGGGUUGGAUGUCCCAGAAAUCAAGACGGACAUGCCCAUUCGCACCUUCACCGAUAGCACAAUGCUGAUCCAAUUUCUUCAGCUGGCUAAGAAAAAGGGCUGGAAGCUCACCUUGAAAGACUUGCUGGCUGCUAAUACCAUUGAGAAACAGGCUCGGCUCCUUGGUGGGACACACACCCCCCAGUUGAGCCUGGGAGCGCCACUUGAAUCCAAGACAACAACGACCGUCGCCAUCAAGAAACAACGCGCGGCUGCCCAUCUGGGAUUACACGUGGAUGACAUUGAUGAGCUCAUCCCAAUGACCGACCUCUUUCGAAUGCUCUCCCUUGAUCGACCUUAUCCAGGCGCCUGGGAUCUUCGCAUUGACUUCUCGGUCAGGCGGGAUCUGAGCGCGGACCAGAUCGCCGCCAUUCUCGAGACAUGGUUACAACGACACGAACUGCUGCGCAGUGUUGUUGCAGUUGUGGAGAAUGAGCCCCCCGUUUACGCGGUGAUGCAUCCCAGUGCAUCUUGGUUUAAAAACCAGAUCAUAAAUGGCCCUGAGGUUGAUGAUCUCAAAGCGGUCACCGAGUACCAGCUAGAUGACUUCGUUGACUCGGGUUAUGGUCCCCUUUGCAAAAUGACCAUUUUACCUCUGCACUCAACCUCACGGUGUGGCAUGGUCCUACAUAUCCAUCACCUCCUGUUCGAUGGAAUGGUGAUGGAACGCUGGAUUCGUGAUCUUAACCAUCUCUUUGAUGGAAAACCACAGUUGAACUGGCACCCUUACCGUGAGUUUGCUGCCAACUACGAAGCCUAUCGCUCUACUGUAGACGCAGAAGAAUCUGUGCGCUAUUUCGUGCGCAAGUUCAGCGGUAUUGCCUCCGCGAAAGAUGCAGUUUGGGAUAUCCAUCGGGUAUUCCAGAUUCUGGAUCAGAAUUACACCCCUCCAGAAAGCCUCGGCUCCAAUAUCACUCCCAAGAGAGCUGACCCCGCUACCUUGCCAAAACGUUUCAUCCACCUGCCUGAACUCACACAGAUGCGAUCUCAAUUUGGAAUUUCCGCCCCGAUUAUUGCAUUGGCUGCUUGUGCAUUGAUGAAUGUUCGAUAUACAGGAGCUUCCGAAGCGAUCAUCACCAACCUGCAAUCCGGUAGAUCAUGGCCCACUGAGGACGGUCCCGGCAGUAGCGACAUAUCUCUCCUGGAGCUCUCUGGACCUACCCUACAAAAUCUCCCAGCGCGUAUCCCGGUCAUACCGGAGGAUACGGUCCUCGACCUGCUGAACAGAGUGAGAACCGAACAGGACGAAAUGAUGCUCCGUGAGCAUUGCCCUGUGAAACGAGUGCAUGAGUUAGUAUCGCAGGGCCCGAACGGUGUCGAAGAUGCGGCUGUGCUCUGGGAACUCAUGACUACUCAACUCUUUGACUGGUUGCUGGAGACAUAUAGCCAAGGGUCUGAUGAUGCCCUCGAGUUACUUCGUGACACCACUCUGUCGCGGACAGGCUGGGUUUGGUUCCCCCGAUUAUCGGAAGGAAAUGUACUUCAUUGCAACAUUCAUCACGCGGAUGCCGACCUGCCUGUUGACAAGACGAACUUUAUAGUGGAGGAGUACUUGUGUGCGGUGGCUUGGUUGGCCGAUCCUGUAAACGUGCAGAAGCCAAUCUCAGCCUGUCGGUUUGACGGAUACGCGGUGGGUUCUGCAGAUUUCAUGUACGAUCAACGUGACGGUUCCUAG